UAUACACAGUCAUAAAUCCCUUAUUCCAAAACAAACUCAUUUAACACGGUACACACGCGGUAAAAACCACACUGUUUCCGUGGUCGCUCUGUUUGGUGAAUAAUAUUAAAUUUACCCAUCAUACCCGCACAACAAGUGUGUCGGUAAUACCACUUGAAAUUUCCGUUAUAUUUCGUUCAUUUGUCAGCCGGACGGAUGACUGAAGAUAAGAACCUCACUCCGUUUUCGAUAGCGGAUAUACUGAAAGCCGACCACAAUGUCGAGCAAACGAAAAACACCGGCGGAGCAUUGGACAUGACCAGCAAAAAAUGUUUUCUAAAAAAAGAUGAUUCUAAGUACCAAGAUACUGAGUACCGGAGGAGAAUCGAACUGUUGAGCAGUGGCGACUUUGUGUUCAACCGUGCGGAUGAUCACCAGAACGCUCUGUCUAGGUUUUUGCGCAAGCACAACGGUGAAAGGCCUUUACAGAUUCAACAGCGUAAGAAACGUUCAAGGGCGGCUUUCUCGCAUUCUCAGGUGUUCGAAUUGGAACGUCGGUUUAACCAACAGCGAUACCUCUCCGGGCCAGAACGCGCGGAUCUGGCCCACUCAUUAAAGCUGACCGAGACGCAAGUGAAGAUAUGGUUCCAAAACCGUCGGUAUAAGACCAAGCGUAAGCAGUUGCAGGCACCCGUUGACCGGUCGCCCACCAGUUCACCGCCCAAGAGGGUGGCCGUCAAGGUGUUGGUCCGAGACAACCGCGGCGCCCCGCCGGCGUCGAAAAACAGAGACCACAGCAAACCGGCCGCUUAUAAUUCCAAGCCAAUGGCGACCGCGGCCACGUUGAUAGCACCAAGCGCGACUGACUACUACAACGGCGGGCGCGAUAACCCGCCGCAUGGAUACCACGCGGCCGCUGCCGCUUUUAUACCGGGAUUGCACGUGCAUCUGCCGGCCGCGCCUUACUACGGAUGUUACCAGUAUCGGCCGGUCAUGGCGGCCGCAGCGUACCUCAGGGAAGUUCCCGGUGUUCGAGUGUCGUCCACCACGACGGACGAACAGGAAUCCUCGGACGACAGCGAGAGUACAAUUAACGUUAUCGACGAAUGUCCGACGUCCACAACGGCAUCGGAAUAA